GGAGCGAGGGCGGGCGGAGGAGGAGGAGGAAGAAGAGAAGGAGGAGGAGGCGGCGAUGAGAGCUGAGGUUGCGGGAGGCGACAGCCGCUGAACGGCCCCGCCGAGCCCCGGAGCCGCAGGGCCGUCCCCACCGGAGCCUGUUGCAUGCGGCAGCCCGCCUAGGGGGGGCCCGAGCCCGGCGUCCUCCCCCGGGCCUCGCCGGCCCCUGGGCAGCGAGUCGGGCCGGCAGCGCGGCGCUUAAUGAGGAGGUGACGGCCGCCCCAUUAUCCGUGAAUCACCCCGUCGUUAUUCGCCGGGAAGGAAGAGCGCGAGGGGGAAAAAGCCGCGCGCAGCCCAUGUCGCGGCGCAGUGCUGCCCGCCCCGCCUGGCACCGCCGCUGACGGAGCCGCCGCCCCCGGCACAGCCCCGCGGCCCGGAGCUCCGCAGGGCCCCGCCGCCCCCCGCCGGCCUCGGGCCGGGGAUCUCCGUUCGGUGCUUCUCGUUCUGCUUUCAAAGUUGGUGUUAAAGCGUCGGAGGGGUAUCAAGAUGUCCAGCAGCGUUCCGGCUGAUAUGAUAAAUUUGCGCCUCAUCUUGGUAAGCGGAAAAACAAAAGAGUUCUUGUUCUCACCAAAUGACUCUGCUGCAGAUAUUGCAAAACACGUGUAUGACAACUGGCCGAUGGAUUGGGAAGAAGAACAAGUCAGCAGUCCAAAUAUCCUGCGGCUUAUUUAUCAAGGGAGGUUUCUUCAUGGCAAUGUGACACUAGGAGGUAUGAAAGUAAUUUUCAUUAUCCAUGUUAGAACCAGGCGAAGAGCAUUUUUAUUACUUUUUUUUAAAUUUUUUUUACAGUGUAGUAAGUAUUACUUCCCUGCUCAGAAUCACGAUGUGAUUUGCUGUAUACUAUUUUCCUUUGGCAUGGAAUGGCGUAUUGUAUCUUAUCUUGUGUUUUUCUGUUCUGUUAUGACUGGUUGUUAGUUUGGGAUGUACCAACUGGUCAGUUUAGACUCCUGCAGAAAUAAACAGUAAUGCUGCUUUUAUUUGUUGCCUUGCCAAAUAGACUAUGUUUUUCCACUUUUCUUAUACGAACUUGAGGGCAAGUUACUACAUAAACGUUUGAGCAUUUUAAAAUGUUGGAUAAAGAUUAUGAUAAUUGGGUAAACAUUGCUUUAAACCUGAGUGCAAUGAAGACAGACACCCUAUGAAUGAGAAUGAGGGGAAGCAUUCUUGCUGUCCAGUGCUCUCCCAGGGAUACAAUUGCAUAGUUAGGUGAAAAUAAAAGUAAAUGGCUUCACUUCAUCUACUCGGAAAAUGCAAUUCAAUUAUGCCCCCUUGUGGCAAGUUUUUCUGCAAUGAGGUAUUUUUUUAGAUGGCUAUCUUGGAUGGAGAUGUGACACGAAUUUUUGGCGGUGAUCUUUCCUUUUAUCUCAAAGUUGCCAGCGUUAAUAGCAGCUUCUGCAAUUAAUAAGUUCUCUUUAAGCCAUUUCAAAAAUAAUCUUACCUUCUCUGAGUGUUCACGCGUUUGCUUGAUUGCUGUACAGAGAAGAUAAUGUAAUACAAAAUCUGUAAUGAAAUGUUUCUGAAGAUCAUCUGAACCUGGAAGGAAUAUGUCUGGGCUGCUGACGAUGGUAUUUCCAUUAUGGAGUGACUGGAUGAUAAAGCCAUUGAUUCAUUGUCUACCAUUACUAACGUUGGCUGAUGAUGUACUUUUAGAAUAGGUUUACUCUCCAUAUAAAUCAAUUUUUAAUGCUGUGAUAUAAACUGAAAAGACCGUUGUCAAUUCAGCUGAGAGAACUCUGAGAUUUUUAUUCACUCUUUAAUUUGUAUGUUUACCUGGUGCCAAUGAGUGCAGCUAGUAGUGGUUGGAAGGCUGAAAGACAAAUGUUAACUCUUGGAUCAUGUCUGCAAUUACAGACAUGGAUCUUGCCAGGCAAAUAUAGCUAAAUGAGGUUUUCUUCACCAUUCACCUCUGGGUGUUGUUUUUAACUACUAGUGCUUGUUCUGUCCACCGAUAUCGGUCUAAACCUGGAGCAAUCUUCAAUAUUUGUUGAACGAGUUAAGCUGAAAAAUAAUAGCUGUGUCCUGUUGACUCUUACCUUGUCUCAAGUCCCUGUGUUUUCAACGCUUUGGGUCUGGGCAUUUCAGUUCAUUGUCAAUCGCUCAUGCGUUGCGAUUUAAUCAUCAUGAUUUUACCCUAAGGACCUGACAUACCUGACAUGUAUAGCAGUGUUUUUCAAAGAUCUUUGUUGCUGCCUUGUUUUAAUAAUAAUAAUAAUAAAGAGUUCUGAAACAGUGGCUUACUUUAGUAGGAAUGAAUUUAUCUGGAGUAAGGUAAACAGCUGAAAGGGCGACAACAGUUCUUGUAGCAGCCUGAAAAGACUGUUAUUUCAUUACUACAAAGUUGCUACUAAUAACCUGGAAUGAACUGCUGCAUUUUAAAAGUAGGGGGGGAAAAGCUUUCUUGUUAAAUACUAUAUUUAGUUUCUUAUGCCGUUGUAAUACAGUGCCAUUAUGCUUUUCUAUCUGCAGCUCUAUAUAACUGCUAUAGCACUCAGUGUUUUAUUUGUUUUAGGUGAUUAGGAAAUAUUGACUGGAAUUUGAACUUACUGUGUACUGAAAGACGCUUUAUCAACUGCUGAAACAAGAGUUUCCAAGGAAACAGUUUGGUGUGGCUUUUUAAACAGGAGUCCAUUUUGAUCACAUUUAAAAUGACAUUGUAAUGUUCUUGCUGUAGCCUCACUGAUGCGUAAAAUUUGAGACUCCUUUAAAUGCAGAAUCCUUAAAAAAAAAAAAAAAAAAAAAAAGGACAAAUU